AUGUCAAUGUUCCGCGCCAAGAAGCUCGACCUGGGCUGUUUCAUCAACAUCCGGACGAUUCGUGACCACACGAAGCGCCAGGUCUUCAUGGAGCACGAACCCGAGAGACAAGCUCUCCGCUACAUCAUCCGGAACACGACGCUCCCUCCGCGUGUGCGCGCCGAGGCGCAGCUCCAGCUGGGCCAGAUGCACUGCUACACCCGGCCGACGCAGAUCCGCAACCGCUGCGUCAUGGGCGGCAAGUCCAGGGGUGUUUUCCGCGAAUUCAAGAUGUCGAGGUUCAACUUCCGUAUGCAAGCGUACGAGGGUAACCUGCCCGGUGUCAAGAAGGCCAGUUGGUAA